CAUCGACUUACCCAAGACUGCUCAAGCACUCACUAGUCCGACACGAGCUCAAAGGCUCCUGCGUUCUUAACAUGCUUAGUGCGACGUCACGGCGUUCAAGUUGCCGUGCGAUCACCCAGCUGUCACACCUAGCACACCGCCUCCUUGUACACAGCGAUGGGUACAUCGCCAUGCCGAGAUGCCGGAACGUUCUCGGUCGCUUGAUCACAGCACCAGAGGUACCAGGCAGGGUUGGGAUAGUCAUAUUCGGUGCCGUUGAUGCCUACACGGCAGCGAGGGGUUCGUAGUGACUGUGGCGGAAGCGCGCAGUAUACCAAUCACAUUUAAGAGCGAGCACGGCCAACGUGGACUCUUGCAAGCACUCUGAAGAUUGCGAACAAACGCACGGUCUCGAGAUAUGGAGUCCAAACUGCCCACCAAGGUGAUCAUCGCUGGCGCAGGCAUUGCUGGGCCUGUCCUCGCCAUGUUCCUCAAGACGAAGGGCUAUGAUCCCGUCGUUUAUGAACGCGUCGACAAGAUCGAGGAUGUUGGGCUCAGUCUCUGUUUACAGCCAAACGGCCUGAAGGUACUAUCUCUCAUCCCCGGUUUCCUGGAGAGUAUCAUCGGAAAGCAGCUUUCGCACCUUGUCCAAAUCUCCUAUUAUCCCUCUUCCUCGCCCUCAGAGGUCCCCCUCGCAGACUUGGACGCGCCCUCCCACCUGCCGGAUCUCACGGGCGGGUUUGGCAUGCUCGGCGUUCGCCGCCCCGUAUUCAAUCGCACGAUCGUCGAAGCCGCCGAGCGUCAAGGCGUCAAGAUCGUAUGGGGGCACCAGCUCGUGGCGCUGAGACAGGGCGAGGACGAGGUCCAAGUGACUUUUGCCAACGGCGCGACGGACACGGCGAGCUUUGUUGUGGGAUGCGAUGGGUUGCAUAGUAAUACGAGGAUAUGUCUCUUCGGCGAGGAGAAGGUGAACUAUACCGGGCUGUGUCAGACAGGCGGGGUGUCGCCCACGCCGGAAAGCCAUAAAGGACGGGCUAGUAUGACGAAUAUAUACAGCGACGGGGCGCACAUGGUCUCGUACCCGAUCUCCAACACAGAGACCUCCUGGGCCAUCACGUUGCGCGAACCCGAGGCGAGGGAGACUUGGCGUGCCAUGGACGAGGAGAAGCAACGUGAGUUCAAGCAGAGCACGUUCUCCCAGUGGCCGUUCGGCGCGGGCGAGCUGGUGAGGUCCGCAGACAGGAUCAUCAAGUACGGAUUGUACGAUCGGCCGGAGCUCAAGUCGUGGCACCAAGGCCGGGUCGUACUUCUUGGCGACGCCGCGCACCCCACCAGCCCACACCUCGGCCAGGGCGCAAAUCAAGCAUUCGAAGACAUCUACCACCUCGUUCGCCUCCUCACAAAGCACAACCCCUCCGCCGCGCCGCCCGCCACCGCGCUGCUCUCGACGAUCUUCACGGAAUAUGAGAGCCUGCGCAUUGCGCGGACGAGCAUGCUCGUGCAGGGCGCGCGGCAGCAGGGAGAGAGCCGCGUCGUGAGCGGCGCGGAGGCGUGCAAAAUGCGGGAUGGGGCGAUCAAGAAGGCCCUCGGGAACGGGGAGGGGCUGCUUCAGGGGAUGUUGAUGGUUUAUCGGGGGCCAUUUGAUGGCGAGAGUGAGAUUUGAAGCGGGAUUUGUGAUCUGCAAUUUGCGUGUGUUGUGGCGUGGUGCUGCGCCCGCCAUCCUGUCUUUAGGUCUCUUGUUGGAAACGGCGACGUGUCGUACAUGCAACUCGGUAUGCUUUAUGAUACGGACAGAACAAGAUGUUGCACAGUGAGUGCUCUCUGCC